AAUGAAGCUGGCAAAAGCACAGCAUAAGUAAUUAACAGCCUUAAUAGGAACAUUGUGUAUUUGCACUUACAAGGGUCCUGGACGUUGGAGGUGCAAAUAUGAUGGCAGAUAGGUGAAAAUCUGUUGAAUGUGGCAGAUAUUAAAGUAAGAAGAUCGUGAAAAAAAGAACGAAUGCAAUGCUCACUGACUGUGGAGGUCUUUACCAGGUGCUUCCAUGUCUGUUUACCAGAAUGCAUUAUGGGACGCAGACGUCACUCCACCAGCACGCACGCCGCUGCGCUGCCAGCACGCGGUUUCAAAGAUCUGAAACUGCUGCCAUUUUGUGUCUCGUCAAAGGGGCCAAGUAACAAUUUUCAGCAAAAUAAAUGCACCGUAAUGGUGAAUGAAGAGGGCAGUUUCAUACGAAGUUAUUCGAAAACGUCUUCUCAUUGAUGGAGACGGAGCUGGAGACGACAGACGUAUCAAUGUUCUGUUGAAGAGCUUCACCAAAUGGUGCAAUUCAACUGGGUCUCCUGAAGAAGGAUUCACACAGUACCAGAGGAUGUUGGGUACAUUGGCACAAUGUGAAUUCUCAAUGGGGAAGACCUUGCUGGUGUAUGACAUGAACCUCCGGGAAAUGGAAAACUAUGAGAAAAUAUACACUGACAUUGAACAAAACAUCACAUCAGCACAUGAUAAAAUAUCAGAAUGCAAAAAGGAGAUCCAGAGGGCAAAGAGAAUACGAAAGAAUCGUCAAGAGUAUGAUGCACUGGCAAAGGUCAUCCAGCAACAUCCAGAUCGCCAUGAAACACUGAAGCAGUUGGAGGCACUUGACAAAGAGCUCCAGCAGUUGUCUCACAUCAAAGAGAAUGUGGAAGAUAAGCUGGAGUUGAGGAAGAAACAGUUCCAUGUGCUCCUCAGUACCAUCCAGGAACUACAGCAGACACUGGAGAAUGAUGAGAAGUCAGAGAAUGAUGACGCUCAGGAAAGCUCCAUGGAGAAUGGAGAAUGAAUUCAUCUCGGCUGUCAAUGUAAUUUAGUUGGGUACAAUUUUUUUUGAUAAUGCUUUGCAUUUGAACAAUGAAGUUUCACUUGUUGACAUUUUGUUUUUAUAAUACCUGUAUGUAUUUUUGCUGAAUAAAGUUGUCAAUUGCUCUUC